AUGCUAGUAACCCGAGCAUUCUCAGCUCUGGUGGUAGGCUUCCUGUCAUCUAGCUCGUUGGCUUUACGAACGAGUCAGUCCGAGGUACCUACAGACAUUGUACAACGUGGUCUCGCAGCCAUUGGCAUCAACUCCACCACGUCCGAUAUGCGCAACGUCAGGAUCAGUGGCUCUCAAUUCCGCACCAAGUCUAUCGUCACAACAAUAGCUCUGGAUGGUAUGGACCAAACAGUUGUCCCAUAUGGUAGCCAGACGAUCACGUAUUCGUACGAGACAGGCAAUCUGAAGCAGCGCAUUGAUAAAGCUUCUGGAUUAGGGACUCUUUGGAUGUUUGCCCGACCAGAACUCGACCCUAUGGACUACUCCGUAGUGGUACAGGGUGGUGACGAUGCGUUCACUGCUGUCGUCAGGGGAAGCUAUUCGCUUUUUGACCCAACGGCUACUCCAGAAGGCUACUUAGAUGUUACUACGGCCUCUAAGAUAUUGAUAUCUGCAAAUGACUCCACCCUCCGUUUCCAGCCGGUGGGAGGAGGCUUAUUACUUCCAGCGGUGUUUGACGAAGCACUGAACAUGUCAAUCAUCUUCAACCCCGACACCUACCUUCCCUUCGCUAUCCGCACGUACGAAUACCAUCCCUUCUACAGCCCUUCGACGAACGACCUCCGAGUGUACGACUAUAUCUCCGUUAAGAGCCUCAUGAUACCCCGUCAUUACAAGACCAUGUACAACAACGAGCGCUUGUGCACCGACUUCCUUGCAGACGACAUAUCCGUCAACAUUGAAGUCGAGCCAUCAUUCUUCGAUAUCGUAGCCGAACGCGAUGAACUGAGCACUCCCGUUGUCGACCCCGCUCCGACUGCUGAGAUCGGCGAGAAGCACUCCAAUGAUAUCUGGUUUGGUCGAAACAACUACACAAUCGAGGAGUUCGAUGGAUCGCAACCGUACGCAGACCUACCCGGAGUUUGGGUCGUUCGACCGCCUGGUAUAGCCUCGUAUCGUCAGAUUCUUCUUGAGACUGACACCUAUGUUGCUGUUCUUGAUGCUCCGGCUGAGAUUGUGGCAGUCUUGCUCGAAUGGGUCAGGAUCAACAUUGGAAAGCCACCUACGCAUCAUCACCAUGAUCACGCUUUCGGUGUGAAGGGCUACGUCCAGAACGGAGCGGAAGUCGUCUGUCCUAAGACGGCUCAGUCGUACUACGCCGAUAUUCCCGGCGUCAAGCUCGAGACCUUUGAGCGCGGAGCGCCACACAUCAUGGAGACCAGCGGUUUCAUGGCCACUUCCAUACAUAUUGAAGGUAGUAUCCAUGCCCAAGAUCAUAGUGUCGCCGUCAUCAUGCCUGCUUGUCCCACUGAGGACAGCACAGUCGUUCUGAUGGCAACACACAACGACCAUGACGAAAUGAGUCAACUGGUCAACGCUAUGGUGAAGCACCGGGUAGCCAAGUCAGUGUUGUAA